GGCAAGAGUGAGAAGUUAAAUCACGGAAAAGAUAUGUGUUACUGCUUAAUCUAGCGCAGGACUGUCUGUGAGAAAAGAAGGAGCGCAGCUUCUGAAAUAGUUUCUUUUGCCUUUUGUGUCCCUCUCCUAACGAUAUGGAGUCAGCCAUUAAGACGGUGGUGACCACGUUUCUGGGUUCUUCCAAGGGGAAGGAGAACCUAGACGGGGGUGGCUUCCAGAAACUGGUGAAGAAACAGCUUGGCGGCAUGAUGCAGGAUACAAACUGCUCCUCUGCCAUUAAGGAGAUGCAGCAGGGUUUGGAUGCGAACAACGAUGGAAAGGUCAGCUUCCAGGAAUACCUCACUCUGAUUGGAUACCUGGCCACCUCCCUCAGUAAUACCAAGAGUGGAUCCAACGCUGAUGCGUCAUAGAUGCUUGUGUUUAGUGAAAUGAACAGCCUUCUUUGGAUUCUUUAAAUAUCUGUUCUCAUUCAAAUGUUCUAAACUUUAGAACAGUCCAUAAUCAUUUUUGCAUCUAGAUAGUCAACCUGUUGUAAAAUGCACUUAAUGUCUGUCCAGAUCAGCAAUUUUUUCAGUCACACCAUAUUGAUCUCCAUUGUCAAGGACAUAUUGAAGGACUCUAAGCUGGGAGUGUCUUUUUUUCUACCAUUUAUACAAAAUAUACUAACUGUAUUUUCAAAAUAAAUGCUCUAUAUAGUAAAA